GCCAUCAUGCUAAAUGGAAAGCUCCUGCGUGACUAGCCCGCUAACCAUAUUUACAACAAAAAUAAGACGAGGUGUUUUUUUUUUUCGCAGACAGGCAUCAAGUUUCUCACGGAUGCUGACAUCUAAUAUGAAAACAACUACUCACAUGUGAAGGGUGUCUUUUUUUUAUUUUUCAAAAGGACCCAAAGAGAAGACCUCUCUGUCGCAAAGCUAGCUCGUAUAUAAAUUCGCACACCGCCUGCCAUCACGACCAGCAAGUCAAGCAACUACACCAGUCAGCGUUUCUACGUUGUUGUUGUUGUUUUUUUUUUUUUUACUUUAAUCAUGGAGAAGGCUGAUUUCUUGAAAGGGCUCCCAGUCUACAAUAAGAGCAACUUCAGCAGGUUCCAUGCAGACUCGGUUUGUAAAGCAUCUAACCGGAGGCCCUCUGUGUACCUUCCAACCCGUGAAUACCCCUCAGAACAGAUUAUUGUAACAGAGAAAACCAACAUCCUCCUGCGUUACCUUCAUCAGCAAUGGGACAAAAAGCAGAAUGCAGCAAAGAAGAGGGAGCAGGAGCAAGGUGAAAGUGACAGCCCGGCACCCCCGAGGAAGAUCGCAAGAACAGAUAGCCAAGAGAUGAAUGAGGACUCAUAAUAAGUGUGAGUGUGUUUGAGUAUGUGUGUGUGUGUGUGUGUGUGUGUGUGUGUUUAUCCACAGGGCCGAGCCAAUUUAAAGGGAACUCCAAAAGUAAACCACCAAGGUUCUCAUGGUUUCAUACAUCACAGCUUUUAAUUUCCUUUUCAGUCAAGUCAUCAUAAUCAAAGCAAGAGAAAUCUUGCAAGUAUAUGUCUUUAUGCAUGCUCAAUAAUCCAGGUAAGAAAGUAAAAGAAAGUUGAAUCAGUUCAUCUGGACACAUUUGAGAGAGAGGAAACGUUUCAUCACUUGGUAAACUUUGUGUCCAGAUGAACUGAUUCAACUUUCUUUGGUCUUGCAAGUAUAGCCUUUCUUAAUGUUUUAUUAUUUGAUAAAAUUCCUGUAAUCUGAAUUUUUUAAUUCCAAAGAGAAAUUGCCCUGUCAACAAGACAGUGGUUGAUAAAGCAGUCGUUUCGAGACAAAAAUCACUUGCAUACCACAAGAAAUGAUUCUAAUUUAGCAUUUAUUGAUAGGAAUAAAAACCGCCCCCCAACACAUGCACACACGGAGAUUGGUAACUGAAAGCAUUUCUGGGUCAUUCAGUCAAAACAGACAAAUUAAUCUGUAAAAAUUAUCAUCACACAAGGAGCUACUUAAUUAUUUUGGCUAUACCCUGUGUAUAUGUCGGUGCAUGUGUGGCCAUUUGUAUGUUGACUUGUUAGUAUGUAUUAUAUAUGAUUUUAAUGUGUCAUUUAAAGAAUGGCAGAGCACAUUGAGCAGCAUAGACACUUGACAGAAAUGACAUUACCCUUAACAAGUAGUCUCAUACUGGCAUGUGGCUAGUGCAGCCUACUUCUGUCAAACUACAAGAAGAUGGUAUGUCCUGGCUUGUUGGAAGAAAAUAUUUUUUGUUAGUUUUUAUUUCUAUUGUAACAAUUAUUGUUUGUCAUAUUGGUAAUGAGCUUCCUGCCAGCCACAGUGCCCUCCCUUACAGUUUCCCUGCAACCCCCUGCAACCACAUGGGGGCAUUACAACACUCAUGUCUAGACCCAAGAAUGCACUGUGAAGAACAGCACAAUGUAGGAAACGUGGAAACUCUUCAAAAUUCCCGCUCAGUUUUUAAUAAUAGCUGAAACACAUUUUUCCUUUCUGUUUUGGGGCUUGUAUUUGUUGGGUAAAAGUUGUUUGUAUUGUUAAGAAGCUUAUACCCUCUUCUGGCUAGCAAAGGGCAGUGUGAUGUUUGACAUCAGCAACCAUUCACCCUCUGAAUUCUAGCUAAAACCUUUAUCCAAAGAAAAGGACAUAAUGCUGUUGUUGCAAGAAAAUUUGUUCAUUUACAGGAGUUGCAUAUAAUGUGUGAAUUAUAAACUGGACAACCAGAUGAGCACAUGUAGUGGUGGGAAAGUAUGUACAGUAUAUCACUGGUAUGAAGAGAAUAAACAUCCUUACUGCUCUUGCCUGGUGACAGCCCUAGAUCUUUUCUUUUGUGCCGUGUUUGGAUGUAAGUGGUCUUUAAAGGGGUAUUGUAUAAUCUGCUAUGGAAUACACACAAGUAGUAAAGUGCGGCUGCAAUCCAGCCUUUUCCCUAAGAUUUAAGUUUGUAUUGAUGUCAUCUAUACAACACAGAAUAUGUAGGUCUUUUUUAAUAUUUACACUGCCCAGCAAACUCUGUAGAUGCUAAAAGGUGGAUUGGCAUUUUGGUCGGUCAGUUCAUUUUCUACCCACCGUGAACAAACCCUGUCUGGUUUUGAAGCGUAAAACCACAUUAUGCUUCUGCUAGAAUAGAUUAACUGUUCUCCAACACCCAAGGCCUGUCCCCAUCUCAAGUGUAUUGAUUCAAUUGUGCUCUUUUUAGCUUUGCACAAAUAAACUGGAUUGA